ACUGCCGGCUGGGGCCAGCCAGCGGAGCGGAUAGCCCAGUCUCGUCUGCCCUCCUCUACUCCCGGAACAGAGGGUGGGCCCAGGCAUUCGAACCGGAUAAGGACACGUGGGCCCUGCGCCACGCCGGCGCCGGCGCAGAGGAUCCGUCCGGCCGGCCUCCUUUUCCGCCAUUCCUCCUGGGCUCGGCUCCUCCUCGCCGGCCGGUGGGCGUCCGUCGUCGCGGAGGGCAAAGUACGGGACUGCCCCUCGGGAGCAACUAUAAAUACCCGGCCGGCGCCGCCCUCUAGAAGAUUCUCGCCGGCCGCAACCGCCAAGAGAGCCGCCCCUCGGAUUCCCCCCGCCCGCCACCCCACCCCAGCCCAACCCACUGCCGUACGUCGUCGUCAGUUCGUCACCAUCCACCCCGUCUUCCCUCACCCCCUCUCCAUCUCCCUCCCUCCCGCUCCCAUAAAGGGCGCCGCGAUGGCCGCCGCGUAGGCCCCCGCGCGCGGGCAGGCGGAUGGCCGACGGCAGCGACGGGGAGGGCGCGGGCGAGAGCUGCUGGCCGGUCCCCGCCGCCGCCGCGUCCGCCCACGGCGGCGGCGGCGGCGGGGUGCAGCUGUCCGACGUCAGGAGGGAGAUCUACGACCGCCUGCGGGCCGUCGGCAACCAGGAGGCGCUCUCCGACCCCUUCUUCAACCGCGUGCUCGAGGACCACUACGACCGCCUCCCGGCCAGCUACUACAUCGACCUGGACGUGAACAAGGCGGAGGACGUGCUGCUGCACCGCCGGAUCCUCGCCGAGUGCGCCGACCCCGACAACCGCCCCGUCUUCCACGCACGCUUCCUACGGUACCUUCAUGACGACAAACCGUCGGAUGCCGAGUCUGCUCCGAAUCAAAACGGUAAUUGUGGGGGCUCUCUGGCUUCCAAUCUGAGCAACGGCGGAUUGAAAGGAUUUGACGAGAGGCUCAUGGAAGACCUCAGCUUGGGGCGAAGAAAAGGCGUGGACGACUUCGAGGCCAUUUCCGCACGGAGGGAUACAGAAAUUCCCCUUCUUCAUGAAAUUAUUUUUUCUUCCAAUGACAAGCCAAAGCUCCUUAGUCAGCUAUCUACGCUGCUGUCGGAUCUUGGAUUGAACAUUCGUGAAGCUCAUGUGUUCUCAACAACAGAUGGAUUGUGUUUGGAUGUGUUUGUUGUUGAUGGCUGGGAAACAGAGGAGACAGAUGGUUUGCUGCAGCAGCUCAAGGAGACAGCAAAACGUAAUCCCUCGUUAUCUAAUCUAACAAGUUCAGCCUCGGAGAGAAUAUCAGAGCUGCAAGAAAAGAUUGGAGAAUCUGAAUUUGACAGGGAUCUGUUGCAGAUUGAAGAAAAGAUUGCGUCCGGAUCUUCUGGAGACUUAUAUCGAGGAACUUACCUUGAUGUGGAUGUUGCAAUAAAGUUCCUUAGAACUGAACAUGUUAACGAUAAUUCAAAAGUGGAGUUUUUGCAAGAAAUAAUGAUUUUAAGGAGCGUUAAUCAUGAAAAUGUCGUUCGCUUUUACGGGGCAUGCACAAAGCAGCGAAAGUAUCUCAUUGUAACAGAGUACAUGGCUGGAGGUAAUCUGUAUGACUUCCUUCACAAGCAUAACAAUACCUUGGAGCUUUCCUUGAUUCUUAGGAUUGCUAUUGGCAUCUCGAAGGGGAUGGAUUAUUUGCACCAGAAUAACAUCAUCCAUAGAGACUUGAAGUCUGCCAAUUUAUUAAUUGGCGAUGGUCAAGUCGUGAAGAUUGCAGAUUUUGGUGUCUCUCGUCAACGAUCGCAAGAGGGAGAUAUGACUGCCGAAACUGGCACCUACAGAUGGAUGGCACCUGAGGUGAUAAACCAUAAGCCUUAUGAUCACAAGGCAGAUGUCUUCAGCUUCGCUAUUGUUCUAUGGGAGUUGGUCACUUCAAAGGUCCCGUAUGAGAACCUGACACCCUUGCAAGCGGCACUGUCAGUAAGGCAGGGACUUCGCUUGGUGAUUCCCUCGGGCGUGCAUCCAAGAAUAUCUAAAUUGAUUCAACGGUGCUGGGGCGAAAACCCCAAUACACGACCUGUUUUCUCUGAGAUCACCGCGGAACUUGAAGAUAUCUUGCAGCCUAUUCAGGCCGCCUCCAGCUCCAAAGGAGGCCAUCGACAUACCAAACAAAAGAUACAGAUGAAAACACAGCGAUAGAAAGAAGGCGCCUGCUCAUGAAGCUGGACCCUCUUUUCACAUUGUCGCGCACUAAAAAGUGCGACAUGCGCACAUCGUCUCCUGUAUAUAUGUCAUGUACAUAAAUUUUGUGCUCGGUUGUUUUGAUUCCCCCUAAAAUGCUCACAGGACGAACUGGGUUAAGUUAGCACACCCGUGCUACAUAACCUGAGUGAUAUAGUUUAUGUUUUAUCUGGUUAUUUGUUUUUCGAGUGGCUUAUAGUUUGGUGUGUUUGAAUUUUGGUUCAUGUACGAUUAUGAGUUCGUCUUGUAAGGAACAUGAGAUGAAAAUGCCAUUAUCACACGUUC